GUCGGAUCGUCCUCCCAAUUAACUUAAGAUGUACAAGCAGCCGCAACACCAACAAAAGAGAAAAGCAAAGAAGAAGAUGACGAGCAGCAGCAGCCAGAGCAGUGUGCAGAUGAGCAGCAGCAGCAGCCACAACAACAAUAAUAAUAAUGAAGCCGAGGUGAGCAGCAUGGCGUGGGAGUUGAUAAAGAUGAGCCCGCAGGAGGAAGACCUUAUUCAUAGAAUGCACCAUAUUGUCGGCGACAGGUGGGGAUUGAUAGCGGGGAGGAUACCAGGAAGAACAGCAGAAGAAAUCGAGAGGUUUUGGAUCAUGAAGCACAGUCAUCAUCAUGUCUUUGCUCAUUACACAAGACGUAGUACUACUACCGCUACUUCCAUAUAUUAUCCAUCACAUUAAUUAAUACUUCCUCCGUUCCAAAAAGAUUUACACAUUUCAAAAAAAUUGUGUUUCAUAAUCUCCUACCCAUUUCUAUUAAAAGACCACUUUUACCCCUUACUUUUUCAAACCGUACCUAUCACAUCAUACCUUUUUCUUAAUAGUCUACAUAUCACAUCCUACUUUUACGCAUCACAUCAAGAGUAUUUUUGGAAAAUCAACACAGAAUUAUCCC